AGCUUUCAGACUCUUAUUUUCUAGCCUACUGAUUUAUAAUUCCACAAUAAAUUACUAGUACUUGAUAUUAACCAUUAAUUGUGUUAUUUUCAAACAAAUUGUACCCUAAUCCAUUUACUGAUCACCAAAACCAAAACCUAGAGAACUUUUUACUACAAUGGAUCAUGCGAAUCUUGUUAAGAACAAAUCGGCAGCAGGCUAUUUCGGGAAUCUUCCCAUCGAGUUGAUUCAAGACAUUAUGUGCCGUCUUCACUGGAAGAAUCUUAAAAAGAUGAUUCUGCUAUCAUCGCCAUUCCUUUCAGUGUUCCAAGGGGCCCAAGAUACCAUCCUCUACAACGUUGGUGCCAAUGAAAUGGGCGCCGAUGUUUUUGAAGCUGCCUUAGUUCGGUAUGCCUGUACAGUUCCAGCUUUAAGGAACUCUCUAGAUAUCGAAGUGAAGUCCCGGACGCGUCCCAUUGACACCACGCUUUUUUUCAACGGCACUGAAAGGAUCUUCAACACUAGCAGGUUCCGUAUGCCAGCAAAAGCAUUCACGAUAGAAGUCUUCCGCGAAAUCAUGUCUUUCCACGAGAAAGUAGCAGUAAUCAUGAAGGUUUAUGAAAAGUGGCUACUGGAAAGCCAUGCGGCGUUCGAUGGUUAUUAUAUGGAUUGGGUAACCGAUCGUACGCCUCGAGAAAAAGACCGCCCGCCCAUAGCUGUAUACACAGUGGAUAUAGCUAGGCUCCUGUACCCGGACGACUACAAAGAAGCCCUUAGGACUCCGUUUGUAGUCAAAUUCGAAGCCUGCCGGGCAGACUGGGUAAUUGUGGAACAUCAACCAAACCACGACCCUCCUUUUGCAGUCUCCGGUCAAAGUCUUGAGGAAUCUCAGGACAAUCUUUUCCGCACGAUGAACUCCUCAGCAACAUGAUACCAAAUACGGCUGUCUUGGAGUCAAUGUAUAGCAGGUCAUUUGUAGGUUGUUGCUCUUAUCAUGGCAUCAGAUCGCAGCAGUAAUAGAGCCUCGGGGUUUGAACACAAUAGCGAUAAAGACUUGGUAUGGCGAGAAUGACAGAGAAUGCGACUUAUCAUAUUUUGUUAACCUUGUUUACCUCGUUUUCAACCAAAGAAAUAUGUCGAAGUUCGGAUUGGUUUUCUUACUCUCCCCUAGGUGCUUUAUAGAUCGCUAUAUAACGUGUUAUACUAUUGCAAUACCUAUGUCAGAGCACAUAAUUGAUUUUAUUACCAUUUGUUCGUAAUAAUAUAUUUUGAGCUGUUUUACGGAUCGCUUUGAC